UGUGAUAUUUUGAACAGUUUCAAGAUGGCGUCCUUUUAAGGACGGUGAUUUCGAAGUUAGUCAAUAUUAUUCAACAAUGAGCAACCCUUGUACUAAAGGAACAUGAAUUUCUACCUUUAGAAGUAUAAAAUGACGUCUUUAAGAGGUUCUUUGCCGCCAGCAGGCUCUACCCUUUGGCAAAAGGAACGACGAACUUCGAGCUUGGACAGUAGUCAAGCAGGAACUUCGCUAAUAACACAUAUCGUUAUACGAGAAGUCUGGAAAAAAUCCAUCCCCUCUCCACAUGCUGUUUAUAAGAUUGAUGUAAUGACUAAGUCAAACCACUGGUAUGUUUUAAAAAGGUACCGCGAGUUCAGCAAACUGCAUAGUCUUCUAGUUUCGGCGUACGGUAUCCCGAAAGACAUGCUUCCUCCAAAGAAACUAACAUCUAAUUUGUCUUUGAAGCACUUAGAGAAACGCAGGGAUGCCUUAGAACACUAUUUACAACGUCUAGUAAACAGUUCAACUUAUGUCUCAAGUUCUCCUGAAGUUCUAGCUUUUUUGGAAGUUAGCAAACACGAUGUUACAUCAGUUACAAGAUCACUUGCGAAAGAGCUUUUACAUGCUGGUGACACGAUCUUGUCUGAAGGAGGCUCUUAUGUUUUUACGCUGACUCAGCUGUAUUGUAUCACAAGACAGCUUCAACUUCCAGAGCAAGUGAAUGUUGAAGAGAAUUCUGUCGAUCUUGGUCAUUUAUAUGGUUUUAUUUAUCAGCUAGAGGAACUCUGUGUUGUACCUAACAGAUCUAAAAGUAGUCAGGAGCUGGUGGGGCAUUUAGAAUUUGAUAUAUCAUUAUUCAAAGCUUUGAGGAGUCUAAAAAUUGAUGGGUGUCCUGUGUGUUUAAUCAAAGGUUUGGAUUCAUUACAAGGGCAAUUGAAAUACUUGGCUGUUAGACAUUCACUGCAAACAAUGGGUGAAUUACUCGUAGAUAGAGUCAUUGGGACAAGGAAGGCAUCAACCAGUAGUUCAGUCUCAGUAGCUGCCUGGCGUAAUCAAGCAACAGCUAAACUGACAAAGGACAGAGUUAUAAUUCAACCAUGGGUUCAGCUUACUAACCUUACUCUGGCUCACAAUAAAUUAUCAACGUUUGAUCAAUCUCUAAAGCUUUUACCAGCAUUGCAGAGUUUAGACUUGAAAUAUAAUGAGUUUGUUACAGUAGAUCUUCAGCAGAUGCAAUGCCCAAGUCUGACUCACUUGGACUUGUCUUAUAACCAUAUCUGCUCCAUAUCUGGUCAUUCAAGAAACCUGCCAAACCUGAAGUCUUUGAUUUUAUYACACAACAAACUAGAGAGCCUAAGCUGCCUUGAAAGCCUUUAUGGCCUUAUUGAACUUGACUUGACAAGCAAUCAGUUAGGAAGCUUGAAGGAGCUCCGUAACCUAUCUGGGAUGUCCCAAUUGAGAUAUCUAUCUGUUGAAGGUAAUCCUUUGACAAAAGUGAAAUCUUAUAGGGUGCAGAUCUUCUCUUUCUUCUAUGGUAGAAAGAUAUUUCUGGACAACAAGCCGCAGAUAACUACUGGUGAGGCACCCAGGAGUAUAUGGCCAACAAGGUCAAGGUCAUUUUCAAGCCCAGGAACUUUUACCAGAGAUGAUUCAGAUGAUCUUGUCAGGCUCGUCCGGGCAAACAGUGCAGAUAUUGCUUCUACAAUCAUUCAUGAUCAUGUCAGCUCUUAUGAUGACAACAAUGAUGAUGAUGAUGAUUCUGGUAUUGAAGGGUAUACUUCUUUCAGCACAAAUGUCUCAACAAUUAUCCAAGAAGAAGAAAUGGAAUUCAACUGGUCUUAUUUUGACUUCCUGGAUAUUGGAAAACCAGGUAUUUUUUCCAGUGGUGCAACAAUGAAUCUUGAAGAGCAAGUACAAGAUGACAUGUGUGAGAAUGCAUUGCAAAGUACAAGUAGCACUGAGUCAGCUAGUGAGGUGGUAGUGAAUGAAGACAAUGCAGUAAUGGAUACUAGUAACAAACAAAUACAAGACACUUUGUGUAGACCUGAAGCAAUGACAUCUAUGUCAACUCCUUUGAAAUUACCAUCAAAUACUGAACAACCAGAAGAAAAUAUUGAAGCCAAUGAAAAUAGUGAUAUGACAAGUAAUACAGAUGAAACAUUAGAAAGAUCCAAAGAAAUUUAACGAAAAGAAAAAAAGAAAAAUAACUUAAAAUAAAAUUUAAUAAGUUUGACACUUCUUGAAGCUAUAAGCAUUUUAAAAUACAUUGCAUUGUGAGAUUCUGUACAAAAGUCUUUUGUUCGUGCUUCCAAAUAUGGUGUUGUUAGUACUCAAGCUAGACCACAAUGCACCAUGAUUUGUUAUUCCAGAAAAGGGCUAUGAGAGAAAUUAAAAAUAUAUAUGCUAAUGAGUGGCGGGCAUUUUUUAAAGAGAAAGCAUUUUCAUUAAUUCCUUUCUUGUUGAAUAACUAAUGUUACAGCUUUGUUGGAG